UCUCGUGUGCCUCUGUUCGAAACUGUCAAUAAGCUAGUCCUUAUAAUGGAUUCUGUGGAGAAAAACAUUAAAGAAGCAUAUCAACAAAAUUUAACGCCUGAGGAAUUUCAAAAGUUUAAAUUGCAAGGUUUGAAGGAAGAGAAAUCGGAGAAUAAUUAUGAUUUUUGGUUUUCAUGUCUAUACAAGUUCUUUUCUUCAGGAAAAUGGAGUGGCAGUCGGUUACUAGAUCUCGGAAGUGGACCUACUGUGCAUAACAUAGCUACAGCUAGUGCUUUUUUGCCACACAUCAUUCUAAGCGAGUUUGUGGAAGCCAAUUGCCAGCAGUUGAGAAAAUGGCUCAACAAAGAUCCAGAAUCCGCUGACUGGACUCCCUUUUUCCGUAGGGUAGCGAGAGCCGAGGGACGAAGUGAUUUAGAUGCAGCAUGCUCGGAAAUUGAAUCUCGUAUUCGAUCUGCAGUCAAAGGUGUCAUCCACUGUGAUGUCCUGGACGACAACGUUAUUGCGGAGGAAUACCGCAAAGUUCCAUACGACAUCGUCUUGACGGCGUUGACGUUCGAGACUGCAGCUGUGAACUGGGAAUCCUACUCCAAAAUUCUUGGGCGCGUCAACAAGUUGCUCAGGGUCGGUGGCAAGCUGGUGAUGAUCGGAGUGACAGGGUGUUCGUAUUGGAAAGUCGGUUCCAAUAAGUUCCAUUGUUUGCCGAUGGAAGAAGAGGAUAUAGAACGGGCUUUAAAGCUCAAUGGAUUUGGAGAGAUUCAUUGGACAUUGAGGGACAAGCCAGAUGGCGAGACACCUUUUGAUUGUAAGAAGGUGUAUUUUGUAACUUGUACCAAGCUGUAAUUUUGUGUGUUGUGACAUAAAUUUAAUGACUUCUUUAAAAAUUA